AUGACGUCGACUACGCGGAAACGUUACGACAACGAUGUCGAUUGUGAGCUGGCAAAACGAAGCAUUUGGCUGGUAAAAGUGCCCAGAUACUUGUCAGAAUUGUGGGAGGCCAACGAAGGACAUGUCGUCGGAAAAUUGCAAAUCGGAGCUCAAGUGGAAUUUCUGACAGCCAAAGGACUCAUUCAACCGACGCCAAAGGACGAAGGAGAGGGAACGUCAGCAGCGGCAUCUGCAGCCAACGCGGAAGCUUCAGAAAUUCCAACUCAGUACUCAUUCAUUCUUCAUGAUGUCAAAAGUCAGACAAUGAGUGUGUUGAGUGAGGAUAAACAAGCACUUGGAAGUGAGGCAACCGUGAAAACUGGACGACUAGCUAUCGAAGGACGAAUCAUAAAAAAGGCGGAAUGUCGCCCACCGGCAACGUCUAAAUAUAUGAAGAUGAAAUUGGCGCAUAUUGUCAAGAAUACACAGCCAAAGAAGACGGUGAAAAUGAUUGAUAAGGCGGCGGUGAAGUUCAAGCCAGUAUCGGUGCACGCAGAGGAUAUGAUAAAGAGUAAACAGAAGAAGGAUGGAGCGAAGACGUACAGAGCUGAUCGGGAUGUCCUCAGACAGGCGUUGUUUAAGGCGUUCGAGAAGCACAGUUUCUACAGACUCCAAGAUCUCCAGCAACUCCUUCAACAACCGGUCAGCUACGUCAAAGAGGUUCUCCAAGAAAUCGCCGUCUACAACACGGCGCCACCACACAAGUCACUGUGGUGUCUGAAACCCGAGUAUUGUAACUACAAAGUCAAUGCUCAAUCUGAACAAUGA